AUGAAGACUCUGGCAGACCAGGUCGAGGCUGCUGUCAAGGCCAAGGACGUGGCUGAGGAAAAGGCAGAUGCUGCUGAUGCUAUAAAUAAGGUUCUUGAGGCUCAGAAAAAAGAGACCGAGAAAAAGACAUCCGAGGCCCAGAAAGAGCUGCAGGAUGCCUUGCCCACAAAAGAUGCUGAGCUCAAGGCCUCCGAUCAGAAGGGAUACAAUGAGGGGGUGGCCGAUGUCACGGCGGAUUACGAGAAACAGGCUGCUGUCAAGGCCAAGGACGUGGCUGAGGAAAAGGCAGAUACUGCUGAUGCCAUAAAUAAGGUUCUUGAGGCUCAGAAAAAAAAGGCCGAGGAAAAGACAGCUGAGGCCCAGAAAAAGCUGCAGGAUGCCUUGGCCACAAAAGAUGCUGAGCUCAAGGCCUCCAAUCAGAAGGGAUACAAUGAGGAAGUGGCCGAUGUCACGGCGGAUUACGAGAAACAAGUGAAGCAGCUUACUGUCAAACUGUGUUUCAUUGUCUACAAUUAG